CGCACGACGAUCCCAUUCUUGUCCUGCAGGCAGCAUUCCGGGUGGAGAGAGUGAGAGAAAGAGAGGCGGACACAGGAGAGAUUUAAGGCCGAAGUGAGGAUAUUUACCCGGGGAGACACGGGCUGGCUGUGAGGACGAGCUGCGGAGGUUAUGGGCAGCCCCGUUCAGUUUUGGGGACAGGUCAUGGAGCUCUAAGCUAGCACUCUCCAUCCAUCUCCAUCUGCUGCCAGAAGCGCCUCUUCCAGCCUGCUGCUGUGGUUUGGCUCCGACUCCUCUAAGAGAAGAAGAGGGAGGAGUAAACUUCCCCCAGCUGCUGUGCAGACACACACAUGCUGCAUUGCUGCCAUUCCCCAAGCCCUACUCCAUCUAUCCCGGGGGCACAGCCAUUAGCUUGCUAGCAGGCUAGCACUUGGCACAGAAAGGCGGCCUGUCCUGAGGGACCAAACACAAGCAGACUGUACUGUGGCCUCCUCCUUUUGUCCUCACUUUUCAGGUCAUACCCACCAAGUGGAACUCCUUUUGUCCAGCUGUCACUCCCGCUGCUCUGAGCAGUGGAGGAUUGCUAGCGAUCAGUCAAUCAAACAGCCGGGCAGACUGAGGAAGCCAGAGGGCGUGUUUACCAGACAGCAGAAUGAUGGAGCCUAGCAUGGAAAACUGUCUGGCCCUGGUCCUGCAGAAGGACAUGGGCCGAAGGCUGCAGGUUGGCCAGGAGAUCAUUGAUUACAUUCUGGACAAGGAAAAGUCCCAUGACUUGGAGCAGGACCAGACAGCGCUGGACAAGAUGGUCGAUGGCAUCGCCAGCUCCUGGGUCAACUCCAGCAACUUCAAGGUGGCGCUGCUCGGCCUGGACCUCUUAUCUGCCUUAGUGACAAGGUUACAGGAGCGAUUUAGAGCCCAGGUGGGAACAGUUCUGCCCAGCCUUAUUGAUCGAUUGGGAGAUGCCAAAGAUCAGGUGCGAGAAACAGACCAAACGUUGCUGCUAAAGAUCAUGGAACAAACCGCCAACCCGCAGUACGUGUGGGACCGAAUGCUGGGAGGCUUCAAGCAUAAAAACAACCGGACCAGAGAAGGAGUGUGCCUUUGUCUCAUCGCCACGCUGAACACAUAUGGAGCCCAAGGCCUGACUCUCAAUAAAAUUGUUCCUCAUAUAUGUAACCUCCUGGGGGACCCCACUAGUCAGGUCCGUGAUGGAGCCAUGAGCUCCCUGGUGGAGAUCUACAGACAUGUGGGUGAGAGGGUGAGGCUGGAUCUCAGCAAGAAGGGCCUGCCACAGUCACGCUUGAAUGUAAUCUUCAGCAAAUUCGAUGAAGUCCAAAGAUCCGGGAACAUGAUCUCAUCUUCUGGUUCAGAUAAGAACUUUGAGGAUGAGGACUCUGUGGACGGAGGCCGGUCCUCCUCCUCCUCCUCCAAAGCACCACCCAGUGGCAGGAGGACUGUAGUGAGCUCUGUCAGAAGACCCAGCUCAGCCACCACGCCAAAGCCCACGGGUAAAGAAGCUGCUGCUGGUGCUGUUGAUGAAGAGGAUUUCAUUAAAGCCUUUGAAGACGUGCCCUCGGUCCAGAUCUACUCUAACAGAGAGCUCGAGGACCAGCUGACCAAGAUCAGAGAAGUGCUGUCUGAUGACAAACAUGACUGGGAGCACCGAGUGGUUGCGCUGAAGAAGGUCCGUUCCCUCAUGUUGGCAGGGGCCACUGAUUAUGAAGGUUUCCCUCAGCAGCUUCGACUUCUUGAGGCUUCCUUCAAGCUGUCAGCUAAAGACCUGCGCUCCCAGGUGGUCCGAGAGGCCUGCAUCACGCUGGGAUAUUUGUCAUCGAUUCUCGGUAACAAGUUUGACCACGCGGCCGAGAGCGUCAUGCCAACCCUGCUGAAUCUCGUGCCCAACAGUGCCAAAGUCAUGGCCACGUCCGGGAUGGCCGUCAUCCGUCUCAUCCUCAGGGUGAGUGAUCUCAGAGCAUUACUUGACCAAAGGUUAAAGACGUAUUCAUAUAAACUUUAAUUUCUUUCCAGACGCUGUUACGAGUUUCUCGACCUCAUGCUGCAGGAGUGGCACACCAAUACACUGGAAAGGCACGUGGCAGUUCUCACUGAGACCAUCAAGAAAGGAAUCCACGAUGCCGACUCUGAAGCCAGAUCCAUCGCUAGAAAGUGCUACUGGGGCUUUCACGGUCACUACAGCCGGGAGGCAGAACAUCUUUUCCAGGCGCUGGAGGCCACCUAUCAGAAGGCCCUCCAGUCUCACCUGAAGAGCUCAGACAGCAUCGUGUCUCUGCCCCAGUCAGACCGGUCCUCGUCGUCUUCGCAGGAGAGUCUGAACCGGCCACUGUCUGUGAAGAGCGUGAUUGGAGGAAGCAUGACGAGAAGUAAGCUUGUGGGAUCCAGGGUGCCGUCCACUCCAGGAUCCCUCCAACGCUCCCGCAGUGACAUCGACGUAAACGCCGCCUCCAGCGCCAAGUCUCGUCUGUCCACUGUUCCCGCCUCCUCGCCGUUCAGCUCUGCAGCUGCUCUUCCACCAGGAUCCUACGCCUCUUUAGGUCGCGUUCGCACAAGGAGACAGAGCUCGGGCAGCGUUGGCGGAGCCAGCUCUUCUUCAGUGGUGGACAGCAGGGGGCGAAGUCGGGCCAAAGUGGUCUCACAGUCCCAGCGAUCAAGAUCAGCCAAUCCCAUCAGUGCCGGUAGUCGCUCCAGCUCUCCGGGUAAGCUACUCAGUCACAGCAGCUACGGACGGAUCCCUCGAGCCACGGCAUCAGCCUCCACCACUCCGGCAGAUAAGCGCAGCAGGAUCCCUCGCAGCCAGGGCUGCAGCCGGGAAACCAGCCCCAGCCGAUUAGGCCUUGCCCGGAGCCGCAUUCCCCGUCCCAGCAUGAGUCAAGGUUGCAGUCGCGACACCAGUCGUGAGAGCAGCCGUGACACCAGCCCCGCUCGGGGCUUCACUCCUCUGGACCGGUACGGUUUGGUGCAUCAAGCAAGAAUUUCUGCGUCCGUUAAUGCCAUGAGGGUCCUAAACACCGGCACAGAGGUGGAGGCAGCAGUCGCUGAUGCUCUGAGGAAGACAUUGAGACGGAGGUACGAAUCCCCGGGGAUGUACUCUGACGACGAUGCCAACAGCGACGCAUCUAGCGCAUGCUCGGAGCGCUCGUACGGGUCACGAAAUGGAGGAAUCCCCCAUUACUUGCGCCAGACGGAGGAUGUGGCUGAGGUCCUGAACCACUGUGCCAGUUCCAACUGGUCUGAGAGGAAGGAGGGCCUGCUGGGCCUGCAGAACCUCCUCAAGAGCCAAAGAAUACUGAGUCGCGUGGAGCUGAAGAGACUUUGUGAGAUCUUCACACGGAUGUUUGCAGAUCCUCACAGCAAGAGAGUCUUCAGCAUGUUCCUUGAAACUCUCGUGGACUUCGUCACAGUACACAGGGAGGACCUGCAGGACUGGCUCUUUGUCCUGCUCACCCAGCUGCUGAAGAAGAUGGGCGCAGACCUGCUUGGCUCAGUCCAGGCCAAAGUCCAGAAAGCCCUGGAUGUCACAAGGGAGUCCUUCCCAUUUGACCAGCAGUUCAACAUUCUGAUGAGGUUUAUUGUGGAUCAGACUCAGACUCCAAACCUCAAGGUGAAAGUGGCCAUUUUAAAGUACAUCGAGUCCCUGGCACGGCAGAUGGAUCCCACAGACUUUGUCAACUCCAGCGAGACUCGGCUCGCGGUGUCUCGCAUCAUCACCUGGACCACUGAACCAAAAAGUUCCGAUGUGCGGAAGGCGGCACAGGUGGUGCUGAUUGCUUUGUUUGAGCUCAACACCCCAGAGUUCACCAUGCUGCUGGGAGCACUGCCCAAAACUUUCCAGGACGGCGCCACCAAGCUGCUGCACAACCACCUGAAGAACACGAGCAACACCAGCAGCAAUGUGGGCUCUCCGAGUAACACUAUUGGCCGAAUGCCGGCUCGUCACACACCCAGCAGGACCAGCCCUCUCACCUCACCGACAAACUGCUCCCAUGGAGGACUCUCUCCAAGUCGGUUAUGGGGUUGGGGUGUCGACGGACUAUCAAAGCACCCGCCUGCCCCUCCUCCUCCUCCUCCUACGCCUCACUCCACCUCUGCUGCCCCCACCAUAAGGGUCCUGCGCAGAGCGUAUUCACCCAGCAUGAUGGAGUACGACACGGAGAACAUGAACUCAGACGAGAUCUACAGCUCGCUGCGUGGCGUCACUGAAGCCAUCCAGAGCUUCUCCUACCGGAGCCAAGAGGAUCUGAACGAGCCUAUUAGACGGGAGGCAAAGAGGGAUGAUGCAGCAGGGAGAGAAGGAGUAGCUUCCUCUCCUGGGUCUGAUGCCCGGCUCGGCUUAGACGUGGUGGAAGGCGGUCGCACUGCCUUGGACAACAAAACUUCGCUGCUCAACACGCCAUCGCCGCGCUCCUUCUCUGGGCCGCGGACUCGAGAAUUUGCCCCAUACGGCUACGGAGAAACCAUUUGCACGUACGACAAGAGCGCCCUGAAGGAGGCUGUGUUCGACGAUGAUGUGGAACAGUUCAGAGACUUCGGGCAGGAUCACUCAGACCUGGUGGCCGAUCUUUUGAAGGAGCUGUCCAAUCACAACGAGCGCUCAGAGGAGCGUAAAGGCGCCCUGGUGGAGCUGCUGAAGAUCACACGGGAAGACAGCAUGGCUGUGUGGGACGAACAUUUCAAAACCAUCCUCCUCCUCCUGCUGGAGACCCUGGGUGAUAAAGAUCACACCAUUCGAGCUCUGGCUCUGCGAGUGCUGAAGGAAAUUCUGAGGAAUCAGCCUGCCCGCUUUAAAAACUAUGCCGAGCUGACCAUCAUGAAGACACUGGAGGCGCACAAAGACUCUCACAAGGAGGUUGUGCGUGCAGCCGAGGAGGCGGCGGCGACGCUGGCCGGCUCCAUUCACCCGGAGCAGUGCAUCAAGGUGCUGUGCCCCAUAGUGCAGACGGCCGACUACCCCAUCAACCUGGCAGCCAUCAAGAUGCAAACCAAAGUAAUUGAACGCAUCGCCAAGGAAUCACUGCUGCAGCUGCUGCCCGACAUCAUCCCCGGACUCCUGCAGGGCUAUGACAACACAGAGAGCAGCGUUCGCAAGGCCAGUGUGUUCUGUCUGGUGGCUAUCUACUCUGUGAUUGGUGAGGAGCUCAAACCCCACCUGGCACAGCUUACGGGAAGCAAGAUGAAGUUACUGAACCUGUACAUCAAGCGUGCUCAAACGACAAACAGCAAUAGCAGCAGUUCCUCAGAUGUCUCCUCUCACAGUUAAUGGAGGUGGUUUCAUCCAUUCCAAGACUCCAGAUCAGACUUCUCUGUCUCUGAGCAUCACCCUCCUCAUCACGGCUCUGCAGCUCAUCCUCUCGACCCAUUUUGUUCCUUCGUGUCAUCUGCCUCCGCUCUGGAAAUAUCUGAACGGGACUGCUGUCCUGGUUUCAAGUUGGUGGGGAAGGAUUGGACACAUUUGGAUUUUUGGAUUUAGGAUAUGGCGCUUUCUCCUCCUCCUGUGGGUCCCACCAUCUCCACAUCAGCUCCAUUCUGUUUCUCCUUCAUCCCUUCUGCUUUUAGAUUUGUUUCUAUAAGUGGAAAAUAUUCACAUCAAAGAAAUGUUUCAGAUCAUCUUCAGUUUGGGAUGAAAUGUCAUUUGGCUGGCCCAGUGAUGGCAACAAGCCCAUAAAGUGUGCAGUGAAUUCUGUUUUAAGGGCAUGAAGACCAAAUAUUGCAAGGCGGAAAAAAAAUUAGAUAUGGACAGAAAGACAAAACGAGGAAGUCCUAUGUGAGCAUUUUAGUUCAAGGCUCAUAUUUGAUUGUAAUUUGUUUUUUUUUUUAUGCGCUCGUUUCUCUUUAGGAGUGGCUUAAAACCCAAACUGUCACGAUUACGAAACAGAUCUCAUGUCUAAACAGAACUGACAAUCCUUCACAUUUCGUGCAGAUCUUUUUAACAGAGAACACAAACCACCGUCGCUACAUGGAGUGGAAGCUAAGCCUGUUAAAAGCCGUGACGUUUGUGUCGUUUUUAACUUCCUGCUUCCAUUUGUGUCUGAGCGCUUACUCUGUCUUACAGGAAGUCCUUUGUAAAUACAGCAGAUGAGGAGUUGGGGGAGAACAGGCCUUACAUUUGUGGACUGCAGAGAGUGAACGGGAUGUACGGCGCCGUCACUCUCGGCUCUUUAAAAAAAAGAAAGAAAGAAAAACAAACAAAAAAAUGUGAAUCUGCAGCAGAAGCCUCCCCAGCAGGCGGCGUCGCUCUCAGACAUGUGACCGUGCAAACACAGUAUUACUCGUUUCCUCUUUCACGGCUUCUGCAAUAACCACAAAGAAAUCAAAGGUGUUUUGUACAUACACUUUCUGACCGCUGCUUCACGGAAAAGCAGACUUUUAAUUUUUUUGGCUUGCAUGAACCUGCGGCACGCGUCAACUCAGUGCUGCGUGGAGAGCCCGGAGCUUCUUCGGCUGUUAAAGUGCACUUUUAACAUCAUGAGAUCACUCGACUCUGAGGAGGCGCUCGUACGGAAAAGGUACACACUCUGUGUUUAAUUUAUUCUGCUGUAAAGUUUUAAGUGGUGGAUUCCUGCUGUGAAGCACUUCAUCGAUUCCCUGAUUGGGAAGAAGUUUCUCAGUCUGAUCAGCUUUUAAUUAUUGGACCUGAUUUGGUUUUCAUGGUCAGUUGAUCUGCUGUAGUUUUUUCUUUAUAAUACUCUGAAUAAUGAAUAAUAAUGCUGAUUCCUGAUUUGUUGAAAUCCGCUGAGAAUGGUCCAACUCUGCUUCUUUAAGGAAAUGAAUGUACAGAAACAACACAGUGAAUUUGCUGGUACUCAAAAGGAUUUAACUUUUUCUUUCUCAUCGUCCUUCAGCACGCUCAUUUAAUCCGCUGAGUUUUUACCAGAAAAGCAAACCUGCAAACUGGUGAAAACCCACCAAUCUUCUCGCAUCUGUCGUCUCGUCGCUGGAUCUAAAACAGACGCGACGGCGUUCCUUACAGACUGUUCACUAUGCAUGUUCAGCAGUCUUUCUUUGGCUUCACGCGCUCAUGUAAUAUUCACACCUGUAUUUAUAUAUUUUAUUUGAUCUUAUUGUAUUUAGUUCUGUCAUGAUGAACUGUACAGAAGGUUUUUUGUUUAGUUUUUUUAUGUUAACAUCAAUGUGUGAUCAGUUUGCAGCGAUGUAAAAAACUGUUUGCUGUAGAAAUAAAAAGACCGAGAACUGA